AUGGUUCUGCCUCCUGCUGGACUCAACAACGCCAUCCCUCAGAGCCACUUCCCUUCCCACAGCAACGCUAGGCCUGUUCACGCUGGCAAUGGCUCUGCUGCCUUCAAGCACGACAACCCUCAAAGCCACCCGUCUGUUUACAACAACGUUGGCCGCAAGAACAAUGGCAACACCCCUCAUCGCGGUCAUCAGGUUGGUCAGAACAACCACAUGGCGAACCUCAACAACAGCAACAUGGGACCUCCCCAAGGCGACAAUAACCUUGCCCAGAACAACAGCACGGGUGUGCCUGGCCACAGCAAUGCUGCUGCCCCAACUCCAUCCAAUGCCGGCACAACACUUCAGGCCUAUUUCAAUCCUGUCACAGGCCAGACAAUGAGACUGGACGGAACCAUCUCGACUCCCCAUGAGUCGAAGAAGAAUAGGUAUGCCGAUCACUCCAUUUACAAUCAGUCGGAGCCGCGAAACUUUGCACCUCGUCCGAUGGGCAUCCCAGUCAUGUUUCCACCCCCUCCCAACUUCACCUCGGGCCCUGGGUCCAGCAGUCAAAUCGGCGACAUCAUCACCAACCAGGCAUUCACUGACCCCUUCACUUCGCCGGAUUUGUCUGCGAUCAACGCUGUCAACGAAGCAGCGUACUUCCUUGCCAACUUUCACGAGAUUGACUACAGCGAGUUGACUGAGGCUGAGCAGGAGUUGGAAGCCCAAUGGGGAUUGCUUCGAGACAAGCUCUCCGGACUCCGGACUAUGGGUUCCAAUGCCCUGAGAAGGUUGAUCAAUGGUGUUAACGGGAUCCCCACCACAUCGGUCCUACUCAAUGUCAUGAACUUUCCGUUCAUUGAGAGUUCCAGUCAGUCGAUGCCUGCUGUUUGGGGGGUCAUCAAAAUCAGCAACAUUCCAUUCGGCACAAUGCGAGCGGAGAUCAUCGCUAUGCUUGGCCGCAAUUCGAAAAUCAUCACCGAUGCGCAGGAGGGAAUCCAUAUCAUUAUGGAGCGGGUUACCUCGAAGACUGGGGAUGCUUUCGUCGAGUUCAACAGCAUUCAUGCUGCGGCUCGCACCGUCGAGCGCCAUCACGAGGCUAUCCGCAAGCACCGCCAACCUCGCUUGGGCGAUCGCCCCAUCAAGAUGACGAUGUCUAGUCAGAAGGAGCUCAUGGAGGCACUUUUCCCCUUGUGCCGCGGCGUGAAUUUCGACGAUGGCCACGUCACAUUGCUCCCUGAAGACCCCGAAAGCCCGUGGAACACUUUCCGCGGCUUUGUCAUGGCGGAAGAGUUGAACCUUCUCAUCAAGCACAUCGAGAUGCCUUCUCGCUCACCUUACUCCAAGGACUGUCCCCAGCGCCCUUUUGAGUCGAUGAUCUCCACGCUCAAAAAGCUGCCGUGGUACGCCUCUCAUCUGAUCACUCUUGAACAGCGUCAGAUCAUCUAUGAUGCAACCUUCCGGCUGAUCGAGUUCCUCGGUGAGCUCCUCCAGAAGGGUGAUGGGACCCCUGGAAAGCAUCGCCAGCAGACGGUUCUGAAUGAGCAGUUAUACAAGCGUCUUGUUCACGCAGCAAUGCUCUGCCCCGGAUUCUCUGUCCUCCAGAAGGACAACAUCGCCUACCUGGUGAACAUGUCCGGACCGGCCAUUGCCGAAUUCAACAUGCCCCCCUUCUCCGAGUGCUGGGCGCACCUGUACAACUUGUGCCCUCGCCCUGGUGUCCCGGUCGACGUGCUUGAGUGGUACAUCACCCUCAUCCGCGAGGAGACAGUUCGCUAUGUCAACACACUCCCGGCGUCGGUGCAGGCUUCUAUCAAGGAGCGUGCGAAGGAGGACAGUCUUUACUUCGGGUAUAUGUGGCACGAGAUCCAGCUUCCUCAGGGCAGGGAACUCGCCGCUAUGACUCUUCGGGACGUGGCUGAAAAGGAGCUGGAUGCCAUCAAGCGGAUCCUGGACCGAGCCGCCGCUAACGCCCACGCUCACCUGGUUACCGAUGCUGCUUACCAGCAUCCGGAUCACUACAUCGUGAUCUAA